CGUGUUGGCUUCAUAUCCCUAGCCUUGGGUAUGUUUAUAUCCUGUCUCUUUGGUUUUAUAUUUGGCUUAAUAUUGGGUACCACAGAAAUGCCAUGGGGAAGUGGAGAUUGGCCCACAGAGGAAAUGAGGGGAAGAGGCAAUGUGCGUUCCUUAUGGAUGGGCGUUUUGUGGGCUUUAACUUCGGGUACUGGUGUGGCGGUGGCAUUAUUACAAGGCUCAGCUGGCCCCUUGAUUGGUGUGGCAAUUUCAGCCUCAUUAUUGCCACCGGUUGUGAAUUGUGGUCUCUUUUGGGCAUUGGCUUGUAUUUGGCUGAUUUAUCCCGGUACACGUAUACCCCAUAUCAAAGGCGAAGCAAUGAAUGAGACAUCCGCAUAUCCAUUCCUCUAUACUGACUAUUUACCAACUGAGUUUUUGAUCAAUGGCAUUGUUUCGUGUCUGCUAACGGUUGUGAAUGUGAUUUGCAUUUUUAUUACCGCCAUAAUAGUGUUGAAAAUUAAGGAAGUCUCGGCGCCAUAUACCGCCAGUCCGGAUUUAAAACGAUUCUGGGAAACUGAUUUACGUACGGUACGCAAAACCAAUCGUUCGACGAUGCGUCAACGUCGGGGUGGCGGUGGACCAGGUGCUGGUGGUACGGGUACCUUCCGUGAUAAAUUACUGAGCGGCUAUCAAGGCUUAGAUGAACAUCGCAGCCCCGAAAUGGACAGCGUUUUGGAACAAGCUCUAAAAGAAGCCGAAGAUGAUGUCACCUUCAAGAAAGUAAAGCGCAUGAGUUAUUCGAGUAAUGCAGCGGGUGAGCUAACACAACGUUUAGCCAAAUUGGCGGGUCUUAAUAAGCCUGCAGCCAGCGACCUAAGUGGUUUGACGGGUACUGCCGGUGGCAGUCAUACCGGCAGUCGCAUGAACUCAAUACGUGGCUCGAAAAGGAAAGUCGAUUUGAAGGCACUUGAUAAACUCGUAACAAAUUUGUUGGAACAACAAGAACAAGUAACGUCGCAGAGCGAACUGGGUGCCUCAUCCAUAUAUGCAUCGACGCCGGCAACAAAUCGUAAGGCAUCUAUGAAAUUGAAUCGUUGGCGUCCUACAUCACGUUCGGCACAUAGUUUUAAUAUCACUGAGGGUUCAACUAAUUAUGGUGCAGAUCAUCAGACAUCGACGGGUAGCGGUGGCGGUGGCGGGGGCAAUGGUGAUGUACAACAUAUGCCCACUAUUAUGGAAAGCACGGCCGGCAGCAUGACAUCAACGAAAAAUAAUAAUGAAUCUGCGGCAGCGGGACGUCCACGUUCUCAGCGUACUUCAUGGUCGAGUUCAUUGGAACGUACGCCGGGUGCAGUGCGCAAUGUUUUGAGGAAUAUGACAACGAAUCCGGAUAAUGAGGAAAAUCUUAAUUUAACACAAAAUUAUAUAGCUUAG